AUGUCUGGGGAAAGGCUAUUGUCAGUACUGAACCAUGUUGGUUUCUUCCUUAAUCAAAAUGAUAUGGUCAACUUGAGUCUGGUCAGCAGGAAAUUCCACAAUUCUUUUGCUAUCGACCAAUUAUAUGCCAAAUUACGAAUUACUGAGCAUCCUAUUUUGAGAGCCGAAAGGAGUUACUUGGACUGUGGUAUUACUUAUCUUUCCGGGUACAGAUCUGCUAUCAAAUCCCACAAUCAGAAUGAUAUGUUUUUAUAUGACAAAAUUGAACUGCUGUUAGAAUCAGGGCAUAUUGGAAAGAUCAAAGAAUUUAUCAUUGAAGAAAAUGUGUUUCAUGAUGUAAAAGAAGGUCGGAUACUGUUAGGAAAACUGGUAGCACGGAUAAUUGACAUAGGGGAUGUGGAGAGGUUGGAACUCAGAGAUAAUGAACUGUUGCGAGUAUUUUACGAGAAGAUUUUACAAUUACAACAUUUGAAACACAUUGACAUAUUUGAUUUUAACUUACUCGGGAGUAUAACUGCAAUGCACAAUGUCAGUGAGCUAAAACUUGUCGCAAAUGAGGCUCCAAUUCCGUGCAACGGUUCCCUUUUUGGAGAUGAUUUACUAGCUGCACUGGAAACCAAGAUCGAACAAUUGAUCAUAUCUGUCAAUGAUUACGCUUUCUCGACGUACAGACUGUUCCAGUUUUUAGAGUCUGAGUCAGUCAAAUUCUCCAAAUUAACGGCUUUGAAGUUGGAUCUUGUCCAUGCUCCUUUCGACUUCAGUCACGAUGCCCACGAGAUGAUUGUCAACUAUAUGUCCAAAUACAUGCAAUUGGAAAAACUCUCCAAUUUGGAGAUAACAUUUUGUUGUCCCUUUGAGGACUGUACCUGUCAUGAAGAUUUUUUAUUGGAUUUAGCGCCACAUCUAAAGUCAUUGAAGCAACUCGGACUCAUAGAAAAAGCAUUGAUGAACAAGGGUCAUCAUUACGCAGUAGAAGACUGGGAUUUAGCAAUGUGCAACUUUCUGCUAAACAUCCCAAAUGUGGGGGAGAAAUUGAAGGUACUAGCUCUGAAGCAUGACCCACCGUUGAACGGUAUUGCUGAGGAUACGGUGGAUGGGAACUACAAAAGAAGAAGAAAACUGUUUGACAACGUGUUACCGAGGUUAUAUUCGUUAGAGAAGCUCAUUAUCCCUCGGAUGUUACAAUCGAUAUCUCCCUACGAAAUUCUUGUGUGUGAUUUGCUUUGGAACGGAUGCACUUGUGAUUUCUGUAAGACGUAUUUACCAGUUUUCGACCAGUACCUCAUGAAUCAUCAGUACUAUCCUGAAGAUAAGGGCAGAUUCACCGAUAUGAUUCCACCGGUGUUUCUAGGAUACGUGGGGGAAAUUCUUGCUCGAAGAACGGACACCAACCGGGUAGAAUGGGAAUUGGACACAUUACGGCUGGCACCAGAAAACCAGUUGUGGGAUUUCCACGGAUUUGAAAAUAUCCAACAUUUCCAAGAGUACGAAUGCCACUUCAAUGAGAAUUUUUUCCCCAUGCUCGCCACAUGUAUUUCACAUUUCUUCAAUGGGUACAUGUAUCACAUCGUGCAGUACUUGCCCAAAUUACGAUUGGCUCUGUUAUCUGGGGUAUACUACUCCGUAGACAGCAUGGACAAUCCUAUUCCAGAAACAUUUUACGAGCCCAAUCACGAGACAUUCUUCACUACGAUCGUCGAUACAAGUACAAGCGAUGCUCUGAAAUGUCCUACUAGGUUUGAAUCCUUGUACGAUUAG